AUAAGCCAACAAAUAAAGCAUCUAGAGAGUCACAAAACAGAAUCAUGAGUAAGAGCUUUGUGCUAAGAUGCUUUUCAUGCACUAUUUGUCCUUAUUAAUCCCCUCCUAUAUAAAGCUCCUUUCACAUGAAAAUCAAUAACUACUCACAAAUGGAUUCAAAGAUGAUUGCACAUAACAUGAGCCUAACACCAACUUUAGCUCAGUGGAAGAAGCUAAGACUUAAACCAAAACACACUUUUGUAGUUGGAGUUCUUGCAAGGCCUACAGAUGAUAUUUCAGAAGAAACAUUAAGAAAAACUAAUGUAUACAAAGAUAAUUGGUUUGACAAAUUAGCUAUAAACCAUUUAUCAAAAAGUGUUCAAGCAGCAACAGGAAUCAGUAACAAUAAGAGUGGUUUUGAUAGCCUUGUUGAGGCAGCUACCGUGGCUUCACAGAAAUUUAAUACUACUCAACAGCAAGGAAUUAUUCUAGAUGCACUUGAUAGAGCUUUUCCAAAGCCAAUACUUUCAGUGAUAAGGAGAGUAAUGCCACCAUCUAAAUUAGCAAGGGAAUAUUUUGCCGUCUUCACCACUAUAUUCUUUGCUUGGUUACUCGGUCCCUCCGAGGUAAGAGAGUCAGAGAUCAACGGAAGAAGAGAAAAAAAUAUUGUCCACAUUAAAAAAUGCAGAUUCUUAGAAGAAACAAAUUGUGUUGGGAUGUGUAUUAAUCUCUGCAAAAUGCCAUCUCAAUUGUUCAUAAAGGACUCGUUUGGUAUGCCAGUCAACAUGGUCCCAAAUUUUGAUGACAUGAGUUGUGAGAUGAUAUUCGGCCAGGAACCCCCAGCAUCAACUGAUGAUCCAGCACUCAAGCAACCCUGCUAUAAACUUUGCAAGGCUAAGAAAAACCAUGCAACUCAGUGUCUUAGUUAAUGCAGCAGGCUUUCAGGUCAGCUGGGGUGGAACAAAUGUGUCCUCCCACCUUUGUGUGCUACCAAAGGAAAGAACAAGUUCAAUGCAAUCUAAGCCAAUGAUUUUCUUCUUAAGUGGAUUUUCAUCACUUCAUUAGUUUUAAAGUUCAUAAAGCGCUCAAGUAUUUUUAGUGUCAAAGGAAUUGUUUACCACUAUCAAUUCAUAUAAUGUUACAUCACAAGAUGAUUAUUUCUUAUUUGAGCUCCCACUCACCCUAAAGAAAAGAGAGUUUUUUUAA